CUGAAGACAUAUUUAAACCUAUCAACCACCAAUGAGAGUAAACAACCAAGAGGGAAAAAGAGAGAACGCAAAAGAUUGAAAAGACUUCUUAGAAAGGUCAUCAAAGGAACGUCGAGAAGUGUUCGGCUCUGGUUACACUAGUGAGGUGCACAGAAAAAAGCCAUUAAUAGAAGCAGAUAAAAAAACGGGAGAAAGAGUACUGCGAACUCCAAUUUGUGGUGAAAGAACUAGGAAGAUAUAAACAGAAACAAGUUUUCGGGUCUCAACAUGUGGUUUUUGACAACUUUGUGUGUUUCAUGCCUGCUCAUGGGCACCCAGGCUCAGAGCAGCGCUAGUUUUCGUCGAUCGAAUGAUCGUAACGGCCGUUGUCAGUACAGCUUCACGGUGGACAGCCCCACAGAGGCCAGCUGUCCAUCACCCGGUUCAAGCCCUGAGAUGGAGUCCCUGAAGUCUCGUCUGGGGCUACUGGAAGCACUGGUCACCCGUCUGGCCGGAGGAGAAGCUGUACCCAAGUUCUCAGAAAGCUCUGGAUCUCCGUCAGGCAUCCAGGAUGCCUAUAACCAAGCUGUGGAAGAGAAAGCCCAGCUCCAGAGAGAGAAGCAAAGACUGGACAGACAGGUUCAGGAUCUUCAGAGGAGGAUGGAGGAGAUCCGUCAGGAAACGGAGAGGCUGAGAAACAAACCCUGCACGCCACAAUCUCCACCCAGAGGGCUGGUAAAUGACAACGGCUUCAGACCAGGAUCAGGACCAGCACCCCCUCACCUGAUAUCCAUACCUGAGAAAAAAGAUCAUCUCAGUUUAGGUACAAGAUAUCAAGAGCUGACAGCCGUGGUGACUGAAAUUUCUGCCCCAAAUCUUGAUGGUCCAACAGACAUCACAGGUUGUGGUGACCUGGUGUGGGUAGGAGAGCCCGAGAUGCAUCGUAAGGCUGAUAGUAUCGCCGGUAAGUACGGUGUCUGGAUGCAGGACCCUGAAGCUAAGGACCCUUACGGUUCAGAGAUGGUAUGGCGCAUCGACGCAGUGGGCGCUGACAUGCGUCAACUCAUCGGGUAUGAAAACAUGGACGACCUGGCACGUGGCUUCCCCACCAAGGUCCUCCUCCUUCCAGAGGGUGUGGAGAGCACUGGCGCCACCAUGUACGGCGGGUCCUUGUACUACCAACGCAGGCUCAGCCGCACACUCAUCAGAUACGAUCUACUCUCUGAGAACAUCGCCGCACGCCGCGACCUUCCCCAUGCUGGCUUCCACGGUCAGUUCCCAUACUCCUGGGGUGGCUACACGGACAUUGACCUGGCGGUAGACGAAAAUGGUUUGUGGGCCAUCUACAGCACCAACAAGGCCAAGGGCGCCAUCGUGAUCUCCCAGCUGGACCCUCAUACCCUGGAAGUGAAGGGGACAUGGGAGACUAAGAUCCGGAAGACAACGGUGGCUAAUACUUUUAUGAUCUGUGGCAAGCUGUACGCAAUCGCUAGUUACACCUCACCCAACACCACCGUGAAUUACAUGUACGACACGGCAACCAGUCAGGGGAAAGCCAUCUCAGUGCCCUUCAAAAACCGCUAUCGCUACAACAGCAUGGUAGACUACAACCCGGUGCACAGAAAGCUGUACUCUUGGGAUAACUAUUACAUUGUGUCUUAUAAAGUAAGGCUUGGCAAGCAGGAGUAAUGUGAAGAGAUGUUUAUUUUACGAAGCUUAUGAGUUUUGUUUUACCAACCAGUUGUUGAUGCAUUCACUGAUAUUCAUAGACAAGGAUAAACAAUUGGAGAGCUGAAAAGAAAACAAAAAGGGAAAAACAUUCACAAAUCAUUAAUGAUAAUAAUAAUAUCAUAAUUAGUUUAUUUGACCGUGGACCACAAAACGUGUCAUAAGGGUAAUUUUUUUUAAAUUGAGAUAAAUACAUUAUGACAUAACGCAAUAUUUAAUCUUUCCGUUGAUGUAUGGUUUGUUAGAAUAGGACAAUAUUUGAAAAUCUGUAAUCUGAGGGUGCAAAAAUCUAAAUAUUGAGACAAUCGCAUUUAAAGUUGUCCAUUAGAGGCGCUGUAGCAGGCUGCUGCUAAAAAGAAACAAGUUUUUUUAAUGCUCUCUAUUGUCGCACCGCUGUUUUGAUGUUGUGCAGAGUAGAUGAAUCGGAAAUUGUCAGCUUUACAUAGAUACCAAACUUGAGUGAGUUAUUCCCAAAGAGCAGGCUGAUACCUGUUUACAGCCAAUUUUGUUUGCGAUUUUGAUGCAUCCACUCACAAAAAUGAUCGUUAAUAUCCUAACGAUUUUUGACAUAAAAGAAAAUUUGAUAAUUUUGACCCAUACAAUGUAUUGUUUGCUAUUGCUACAAUUAUAUCCAUGCUAGUUAUGAAUGGUUUUGUGGUCCAGGGUCACAUAUAAGAACUAAUAUUGUCGACUUACUAUAUUUGAUAAAAUUAAGCACAAAAUUUAAAAAACAUAAAAACAAAGCUAGCACAAUACCAGUGAAUAAAUUAAUUUAUAUUUUUGUAUAUUUGUCUGCGAUGCUCGUAGUGGUAAAUAUACUAAAAGGUUUUUUUCCUUUGACCAACAAAUUCCAAAAUGGAUUGAGUCAUGUAUCAUGAUAACAGGUUUUUAAUGAAUGAAAUGAGGUUGCAUUUGUUUCCUUGGAGGAUCUUAUUGUGUAUAGAGAAACUAUUUUUCUACCUUUGUAAGUAACGUCUUGUCUUUUGUGUUUACAGCACUGAUUUUAAGUUCAAGGAAGAGGGAAAAUAUAAAUUAACGACAGUUGAAGGAAUAGUUCACCCAAUAGUGAAAAUUCUGUCAUCGUUUUCUUCACCCUCUUGUCAUUUCAAACCUGUAUGACUUCCUUUCCUCCACGAACACAAAAUAUAUUUUGAAUAGUGUUGGUAACCGAACAGCGCCCGGCACACAUUCAGUUCCUUGUUUGGACACAAAACCAAUCCAAGUGAAUAGGUGCCAGUUAACAACGUUCUUCAAAAUGUCAUCUUUUGUGUUAUGCAGAUUUGAAAAGACAAGAGCAUGAAUAAAUGAUGGGAGAUUUUUCAUUUUUGGGUGAACUGUCCCUUUAUGGACUGGCUUUUAACUGAUAGAAUGUAUAAAGAGGUAGACAACUCAAAUAUAACCUUUGCAUUACUAAUUUGUGUACUUGAUUCACGCGUUUCAACUUUGUACACAAAAGUCCCUUCUCUCUCUUUGAAUUUGUCUUUUAUGACAUACUCAUGUGCUGGUUGAGAUGCUUAGAUCUGGGAUCUUGUAGCUAGAAGUGUAUUAACUUAUAUGCAAAUACAUCAGAUAUAAGAAUAAAGUAAAGAAUAAACCA